AUGGAAUCAAACUCGCCUAGACCCGAACAUUUGGAAUUGAACCAGGAUUUUAACUCAAGAUCUAAAGCUGAUGCAUUAUUAAUUUCUUUGAAUAGUAGAGUUCAAUGGGCAUCGCAAGAUAUUUCAAACAGUAAUCGUUUUUCUCAUUUUCAUGAAGGAAGCAGCAGUUCCAAUGGUACUGGUAGUGGUAUUUCUAACAAUUAUAUAGACGGUAUCAUGGAUGACCGAUCGAUUCCUUCUCCACCUCAAUCUCCACAAUUGAAAUGUCAGAAACCAAUUAGUACAAUAGAAGAAAAUAUUAAAGUUUUACCAAGUUGGCAAGAAACUCAAACUACUAGUCGUUAUUGUCAAUCCAUAAAUAAUUUUUUACAAGGUUAUAAGAUGUUCAAAUUAGAGAGCCCUACUAAAGUUGCAACAAUAACUCAUUCGAAUGUGAAUAAAUUUAGAAAGGCUAAUAGAAACCAUCUCAAUUCAGAUAUUGAAAGAAAAUAUAGAACAAGACGUGUAGUCGCUAAAGAAUAUUCUGUUUCUGAAGAUUCUUCUAUUGAUCAUGUUAAGAGAGAUCUUUUUGUAGAACCAACAGUCACCAAGCCAAGGACUCCUCUGCGUAAAAAACCUCGAUUACAGUUAUCUUCGCCGUUAGCCUCUGCCACAGUCCUUGUUGGAAACUCUAACUAUACACCUAAUAUGUCAUGGGAAAAGUUACCAGAUUAUGCUCCAUCUGUUGAUACCCUUCCUGAAGGAAAUAUGAAAUGUCUUAAAAUUGAAUGGAAAGGUUCACCAAUGGAUUUAUCUCAUGACCCAUUGAAGGAUCAACUGCAUCCUGCAGAAUUGAUUCUUGCACAGGUUUUACGAUUACCUUGUGAUCUUUAUCUGGACUCAAAGAGGCGUUUCUUUUUAGAGAAGGUCUAUCGAUUAAAGAAAGGUUUACCAUUUAGAAGGACAGACGCUCAAAAGGCUUGUAGAAUUGAUGUUAACAAAGCAUCAAGGUUAUUCGCAGCAUUUGAAAACGUAGGUUGGUUAAAAGAUAAGAAUUUUUCGAAAUUUUUAUGA